CCUAAACAACCUUUCUCGGGCCUGCAGAUCCGGUAAAAAGGGGAACGAACAGGCGGGGGUGGCCCCGCAAGGGCGCGCUAGUGAUUGGUGCCCUCAUCGCCAAUGCCUCGUCCUAAAGCGGCACCGAAUAUGGGAUCGUUGCUUGGGACCCCCCAACGCUUUAGCCCUUUGGUUACACUGUGUCUUGGGUUACACCGCGUUGUCAUGGGGCGCGCCCAACGGGGCCGCGGCGACGAGUUGAAAAAGAGACGACGGCCCGGCGUGAACCAGCAGCAGCGGCAGUCUGGUCAGCCACAGCACGACCACGUCCACACAAGCUCGCCGUCAAAGCUCACCAUGUACUCGUCCGUCUUUGCCGCGGCCGCGGCCGCUGUCGUGCUGUCUCGGGCGCAGGUGGCGCUGGGUCGGGUCCCGUCCCAGGCCCAGCUCAUCGACCAGAAGAGCUUCAACAACCUUCCGUCCGUGCCGCCGCCUGCCGUCUUCAACAUCUCCGGUGCCUUCACGCCUCCCGGCACCACGGUUGAGUCUCUGUCCAACAAGCCAUUCCACGUCUAUGACAAGGAAUUCCUCAAAGUCAUUGGGUCAAACCCAACCCUGACGCUGAUUGGGCAAACCGCCUCGGACCCCAUUUUCCACGAGGCUGUUGUAUGGAGCCCCAAGACCGAGGAGGUUUUCUUUGCGCAAAACGCAGGCGCACCUGCUGCAGGAACCGGCCUGAAUAAGUCCGCCAUUGUUCAAAAGAUCUCCCUCGCCCAGGCCGCGGCUGUGUCGGGCCAGAGGAACGCAACGGGCAAGGUUGAGAUCACGACCGUGGACGCGAAGCCCACCAUCAUCAACGCCAACGGCGGCACCAACUACCGAGGCAAAAUUGUCUUUGCUGGCGAGGGUAUGGGAGAGAACAUCCCUUCGACCCUGUUCGUCAUGGAUCCUGUCGCUCCGUAUAACACGACAGUCCUUCUCAACAACUUCUAUGGACGUCAGUUCAGCUCCCUCAAUGACGUUGCCGUCAACCCUCGCAACCGGGACCUCUACUUCACCGACGUUCUGUACGGAUUCUGGCAGAACUUCAGACCGGCCCCCGGCCUUCCGAACCAGGUCUACCGCUAUGAUGAUAGCACUGGCGCCGUGUCCGUUGUGGCCGAUGGUUUUGACGCUCCAAAUGGUCUUGUGUUUUCCCCCGAUGGGAAGCGUGCCUACGUCACCGACACUGGCCUCAGCCAUGGAGUUCUCGGGCUUAACCUUUCAAGGCCAGCCACCAUCUAUCGAUUCGAUGUUGAGGCCGAUGGAACAUGGGGCAACCGCAAGACGUUUGCCUAUGCCAGCAGCGGGGUCCCUGAUGGCGUUCACUGCGAUGCCAAGGGGAACGUUUACGCUGGCGUUGGAGACGGCGUCCACGUCUGGAACCCCUCGGGCAAGCUGAUUGGCAAAAUCUUCAUUGGGACCGGUGUGGCCAACUUUGCCUUUGCCGGGAAGGGAAGGAUGGUCAUCUGCGCCGAGACGAAGCUGUUCUAUGCCACGCUCGGCGCUGAGGGGGCCGUGAUUCCCAGCGAGAUGUGAAAGCUCAACGAAAGUAGCCUGAUUGGGCGGCACAAGGUCUUGGGCGUUGCUCCAGCCUUGCAUCCGUGCAACGGCAUCAUACCCGAUUUAUAAAUGCUAAUAUGCACAACAGCUCUUAUAAGACACUAUUGAUACCAUUCCGGCUCGCUUCUAGGAUAUUCUACAUUCUACAAUGGAAUAGAGAAACCCGUGCAAAAGCCGGAACAGGGUCUGAAG